AUGUGGAUCGUGGUGAGUUUGCUGUGUUGCCUCACGCUCGGGGGGCUGCCAGGGGCGAGCGGCUCGUGCCCAUCCCAGUGCAGCUGCGCCUUCCACAGCCUCAGUGAAGGGACCAAAGCCAGGACAGUGCUGUGUAAUGACCCAGAGAUGACCCUCCCUCCUGUGAACAUCCCCGUAGAUACAAUCAAGCUUCGGAUAGAAAAGACAGCCAUUCGCAGGGUGCCAGGAGAGGCUUUCCACCUACUUCACAACCUGGAGUACCUCUGGAUGCCCUAUAACUCCCUGGCCAGCCUCAGCGGAAUCACCUUCAAGGGCCUUCAUCGUCUGCAGGAGCUGAGGCUAGAUGGGAACAAUUUAAUAGCUUUCCCCUGGGAAGCCCUGGCUGGCAUGCCACAGCUAAGGCUUCUGGAUUUACACAACAACGAACUUACUUCAGUCCCUCCAGAUGCUGCUCGUUAUAUCAAGAAUAUCACAUACCUGGAUCUGUCUAGCAAUAAACUGAUGACUCUUCCUCAGGCUCUUAUUGCCACCUGGGCAAACCUCCAGGCUGUUCCUUACUUCCCCAAUGAUAACUCCAAGAUCAUCCUAGGCUUGCAAGACAAUCCUUGGGUAUGUGACUGCAGUCUGUAUGAAAUGGUCCAUUUCCUAAAUUUCCAGUCUCCUAACAUAGCAUUCAUUGAGCCCAGGCUGAAAUGCUUCACACCCAGGAGCCUUGCAGGAGUGUUCUUCAGCCAAGUGGAGCUAAGGAAGUGUCAAAGCCCCGUUGUACACACGUCUGUAGCCAAAGUGAAGACCAUCCUGGGCAGCACUGUGCUGCUACGAUGUGGGACAACAGGGGUGCCCAUCCCUGAGCUCAGCUGGAGGAGAGCUGACGGUGCUCAACUGAAUGGCACAGUUCACCAAGAGAUUUCCAGUGAUGGGAUGAGCUGGUCUAUUCUGGGCCUGCCUGUAGUCUCUUACCUUGACUCUGGAGAGUACAUCUGUAAAGCGAAGAAUUUUCUGGGAGCAACAGAGGCGUUCAUCUCUCUCAUCAUCACAGACUCCGAAAGCACGGAUGACCCUAACUCUAACGGCAAAGGCACAUGGAAUGGGAAGGCGAGUGGGAUGGAAGCAGCUGCCUACAAUGACAAACUGGUAGCAAGGUACGUUAUCACCACCUCCACUGUGCCUACCCUGGGGGCUGGAGUGGGCACCGGAGAGGGCCUCCUCUCGGAUGUGGAACAAGACGGUAACCCCAGAAACCUGCUGGUGAGCCCACCCACUGGUCAGCAGGAGCCAGAACGAAUGGUGAGGAGUGUCAGGGUAAUAGGAGACACUGACCAGAGCAUCACCCUGGCCUGGAAGGCGCCUCUGGCAAAGAACACGACGGUGUUCAGUGUCCUCUAUGCCAUCUUUGGAGAGAGGGACAUGCGGCGGAUCAACGUGGAGCCGGGGAAGACCAAGGUCACCGUCUAUGGGCUGCUGCCAAAGACCAAAUACAUCGUGUGUGUCUGUGUGAAAGGACUGAUCCCCAGGAAGGAGCAGUGCAUCAUAUUUUCCACGGAUGAAGUUGCCAGUGCAGGAGGUACCCAGAAGCUCAUCAACGUGGUUGUCAUCAGCGUGGCCUGUGUCAUCGCUGUUCCCCUGACACUGGUGGUCUGCUGUGGAGCGCUGAAGAGGCGCUGCAAAAAAUGCUUCGUGCGAAAACCCAAGGAAAUUCAGGAAUCCUAUGUCACCUUUGAAAGCCUGUCUCCUGGGGCCAAGGCAAAAGGUGUGGAAGGGGAAUACUUGACUAGACAUACCCCUGAUGAGUCAAACAGGCUGCUGUCUGCCCGGUCCAGCGUGGACUCGGAAGCGAUACCAAAGAUAGAGGGACAACCUAAUGAAUACUUUUGCUGAUAGUAGCUAGGAUGAUUGUCAGCUUGCCAGGUGGAGAGCAUGUGGCUGUAUAAAUGACUGUGUGCUCCAGCACUGCAGGCCAGCCCGUCAAUACUUCUGCCUCCUACAUGUUCUGGAAGAGGAUGCAAGAGGGUAGAUGAUGCCCAAGCUUUACAGAAACGUGUUGCUUACACCACUUGGGGUUUGGUGUUUUGUACCCAGUCAAAAGCUUUUGUGAUAAUGGCCUCGUUCUUCUGGACUAUUUCUUUUUCCCUGUAAAAUGAAGCAUGCACACUAAGUGUGAGGACAUUAACAACAUUUCUGAGUGUGUUCUGCUUGGUGUUGUUUAGUACCUGCUCUGCAACAUACUAGGUAUUUUAUUCCCAGCUCUUUUGAUAUUCUUUUGGUUGACAAACAGGGGAGUGUUUAGUAAUUCUACUAUAAAUAUCUAUGAAAGGGAAGAUUGAGAGUCUCACUUUUGACAUUCCCUGUGUUUGCAUGAAACACGCGGUUUGAUGCUUAGUAGAUCACUAAAUACAGAGGCCCAGCAACCUUUUCUAAUAUGUCCAACAUAAUAACAACUCUACUCUGAAUUCAUAGAAAUGUGCAAAGGAGAUAGAAAUCAAGAGACAAAAACCAAUGCACUCCCAAGAAUCAUAAUAACAUUUUCUGAUUGCAUUUUUGUCCUAAACACUAUUCUUAAGAUAUUAUUGAACAGUAAAGCACAGAUCCUUCAGUAUUGGUCCUAGCUGGCAUUUUUUACCUUAUUGUAAUUAGUAGAAUAUGUUUUAUAUCAGCUAUGAUAGUUAAAAAAUCCUGUAAUAGCCUACUUUGCACAUUGUGUGUGAUGUUGUAAUGCUUUGUAAUCAUACUGGAAAACCUACACUGGACAGUUUUGCAAAAAUCUCCCAAACCAGCCCUGUCAUUGCUGCCUGUGCUCCUGGCAAAACUGAUAAUGAAGACCCACAUGGUCAACCAGGCACUUGUGACUUGGUCUUGCAAAUAACUUGCUCCAUGCAGAGCAGGAGAAUGUGAUGCUGUGAUGGAUCACUGGCCAUGCACACGUCAGCCAUAACUGACUAUGAACUCAAUGGUGGCAGAGGCUCAGGGCAGACUUGUGGGUUUCAAACAUUUUACAAGUUCAAGAACCCUGAAAAAAACCUGUCUAAUAUUAAUCUAAAUGUACUUUCAUAGUCAGGGUGAGCUGAUCAGUCACUGGAGUCCUGCGGCUUCACUGGAAUUUGGAUCUGGGUGUUUGUCACAAAGUAUUUCGCUGAUGUAUAAUUUUCCAUUCAAGUCUCCCACGUGGUAAUACUGUAUAUAACAUUUUUUUCUCUCUGUAAUAAAUAUUAUUCGUGAAGAAAAUUAUAUAUGUUCUGCCAAAUGUUGAGUGGGAGAGAUCUAACCAAGUUGAAGUGGUAACUUCAACUAAGUUAAACUUAAACUGGUAAAGCUUUCUGAAUUGUUUUGAAAUGUGUGUUGGUAAAUUUAUUGGAAGGACCUCCAUUCACAUGCUGGACCUGUAUGUACAGUGGGAAUUAACAAAAUUCAUGGGUUGGAAUAGAACCCUGUAUGGAUUUUGCAAGUCCUUCUACAGUUAUGGCAGAUUUCUUGGCCUGAUGGAAAAAUCAAGUCAUUUGAUCUCAGCAUAAAUACUUUCAACAGGGGUACAUUACAGUAGUUUCUGAAAAGACUCCCUGUAUUCCUUACAUUAAUGAUAAAGAACUUGUAUUGGGAGAUUUUGUAUAAAUUAUUAUUGUAUACACCCUGUAUAAAAUAAUGCGUGCUACUUCUAUCACUGGACUGUGUAGAUUUUUAGGUUUGCAAAUAAUGUUUUGUAAAAUUAUGUAUUUUAAUACAACAAAUUAACUGAUGGAAUAUGUGGUAUGUAAUAGACUUAUUACUUAUUUAUACAGUUGCAUUUCUGAGCAUUUUUAGUCUCUCUCCAAGGUAGAAGAAAAAUAUUCAUCCAGUGGCAGUUUUUGUGAUGAGUUACAAGGAGUGCUGUGUGUAAGCCUGAUGAUGGCCCACGUCUGCAGCCACUGGGCUGUGCAGAAAUCACCCUGCCAUGGCCCUGGAUGGGUAAGAUCCUGAAGAAUCAAGGCUGUUCUAAAGUUCUCCUGUGGUGAACCGAGUGGACCUACUGCCCAAGGACUUACCUGUAAGUCAAGUUUACAGGAGCUGUCUGGGAACCAUAGGUAUUUACUUUUCAGCUGACUGGAGACACGAGUGGGCUGAUUUGCAACCUCCAGCCUUGGUGAGGAGCAGCUCUCACCUGCUAUGACACACAGUCUGUGAGUUGGCAAUGGAAGAGGCACCA